AAGGCGCCGUGACGUGACGUCACGCAUCAGUCGCGGUGCCACUAAAGUUCCGGGCGGACUCCAAAACCCAACUGAAGUCGCGUCGGUACGGUUGGCGUGUUUUGCUGCUGUUCGACGCCGCCGAAUGUGAAAAGACUAGUCCGUCUUAUUGCGUCAGCUUUGUUUUUCUGCCGUCUCUCUGCCGCUUUACGCAGCCGCGAAGGAGACGUCAGCGUCGGCCAGCGGAGUCCAGAGUGGCCGCUAUGGCCGCUUGUUAGGCGUCACCUCCUCGCUGAUUCGUCACCGGGAUCUGCAAGAUGAGCGUGGGCGUGGCCCGGCAGCGCGUGAAGAGGUUACUGGACAAGCCGCGUGACGCCUUGCCCAAGAGCAAACGAGUAUGUCCGGCGCCCCCGCACCCCGGGACCAGCCCGUCGCACCUGAAGGCCAAAAGCCCCUCCCCCAAGCCCAGCCAGAGCCAAUCCAAGGUCCGCGUGGGGCCUUACUUCCUGUUUGAGCGCUUGGAAGGGGAGGAGUCGUACAGAGCGGUGCACGCCAGCACGCAGCAGGAGUACACCUGCCAGGUCCUGCCGCUGCACGGCUACCAGGAGAAGUUGGCCGCCUUCGCCCGGUUGGGUCGCCACGACAACAUCUGCGGCCCGCUGGACACGGUGAUCGGGCCGGACGGCGUGCACGUCUUCCUGCCCGCCCACCACGGCGACAUGCACGCCCACGUGCGCAGCAGCAAGCGCCUGGGCGAGGAGGAGGCGGAGCUUCUGUUCACGCAGAUGCUCAGCGCGGUGGCGCACUGUCAUCGCCACGGCGUUGUCUUGCGGGACGUGAAGCUGCGCCGAUUUGUCUUCACUGACAAAUUUAGAACCCGGGUGGCCCUCCUGGGUCUGAAGGACUGCGUGGUCCUGCAGCAGGACGAGGACUCCCUGGUGGACAGACACGGCUGUCCCGCCUACGUGGGCCCGGAGCUGCUGGCCAGCGGCAAGGCGUCCUACUCGGGCCGGGCGGCGGACAUCUGGAGCCUGGGCGUGUCCCUCUACACCAUGCUGAUGGGACGCUACCCCUUCCAGGACACGCGGCCCGCCGCCCUCUUCGCCAAGAUCCGCCGCGGCGCCUUCAGCGUCCCCAACUGGCUGUCCCCGCACGCCAAGUGUCUGAUCGGCUGCAUGCUCAGGAAGUCGCCCGCCGAGCGCCUGGGGGCCUCCGAGCUGCUGGCGCACCCGUGGUUGGGCGGCCGGGGGGCGUCGCUCCGCACGGCCCAGCGUGGCGCCGGCCGAGCGCCGCAGAGGAGGCAGGAGGACGAGGAGCAGGUGGUGCCCACCUUCACCAAAGAACACUAACGGAACAAAAAUAACGCUCCAGAGAAAGUUAAGGUCCUGGAUUACUUGACCCCUCAAGUGCCUUUCACCCUCUGCAGUUGUUUCACAUCAAGCUCCGCCUCCAGGGAAGGGGCGUGGCCUGAGUACAGUGGAGUCUCCAAACUGAAAUUCCAACUGCAUUGGGAGUAAUUGACAGCUGCUGAGGUCAUGUGACUACCUCCCAAGGUCCCAAUCAAAGCAGACGCCAAAAUAAAAGCGCCGAUACGAGGAUUUAACGUCAGCUCUUCCUGAAAGUGGCCAAAAACAGCAAGGACGAACUCAAUAUGUCCGCCAAGUGAAAAGUUACCUCCAAAUAUUCCUGCUUCAUGAAGUUCUUCUGUGUUGGUAAAGUUACCUCCAAAUAUUCCUGCUUCAUGAGGUUCUUCUGUGUUGGUAAAGUUACGUCGCCGUCAAUGAAAGUCUCGUUUGGAUGUUUUCCCCCAUUAAGGCAGCAAAUAAUCACGUUAUUGACGACUGGAAGCUGUCAAUCAUCCGAGGCCUGCUUGUCAGCAGCUAACGACUGCAGAGGAAUAAACAUGUUUCACUCAA